GGGAUGUGGUCAUGGACAUGAUAGAAACAGGUGUUUCUCAUGAAACUGACUUCCAGUGGUUGGCCCAGCUGCGCUAUUACUGGGAAAAUGAGAAUGCUCGUGUGCGAAUCAUUAACUGUGAUGUGAAAUAUGCUUAUGAGUACCUAGGCAACUCACCACGACUGGUCAUUACACCUCUUACAGACAGAUGCUACAGAACUCUGAUUGGUGCUUUUUUCCUUAAUCUUGGUGGAGCUCCUGAGGGACCUGCAGGUACAGGAAAGACUGAAACUACCAAAGAUUUGGCCAAGGCCCUGGCUGUGCAGUGUGUGGUGUUCAACUGCUCUGAUGGUCUG